AUGUCGACAUUACAUGGCACUUACGGUGGUGCCGCCGGGGUGGUGGAGUCUUCCUGCUGUCAUCCACUCGACACCAUCAAGACCCGAACUCAACUCACCAGCCUUUCACCGGCGAUCGUGGCCAAGCGGCUGGUGAAGAACGAGGGUGUCUUCGCGCUGUAUAGAGGACUCUCGGCGGUGAUGGCUGGGAUUGUGCCCAAGAUGAGCGUCAGAUUCAGCUCGUUUGAGUUAUACAAAGGAUGGCUUGGCGCAGCGGAAGGGCACAGCAAGGGGCUGGUGUUCUUGGCAGGUCUGGGAUCGGGCGUUACGGAGGCCGUCAUGGUGGUAACGCCUGCCGAGGUGUGCAAGAUCCGCAUGCAGUCGCAGUCCCUCCAGGUUAUCGCGGAUGGCUCCUCCGGGAAGUAUCGGGACGUGCUGCAGACGGCUACGGUCGUGGUCAGGGAGGAAGGCGUACGGGCGCUGUACAAGGGGCUGGCUCCGACUGUACUGAGGCAGGGUUGCAACCAGGCCGUCAACUUCACCUGCUAUCAAGUCUUCAAGACAAAGUUAUCUGAUCUCCUGGGUACGGAGGAGCUAGCGCCGUGGCACCACAUGUUGCUAGGGGGGCUCAGCGGUGGAAUUGGGCCGUGCGUCAACAACCCGCUCGACGUUAGCAAAACUCGCUUGCAGCAGCAGGUGUUGAUCCCCGGGCAGGCGCCCAAGUACGGCGGUUUCGUGUCGGCGAUCUCGCUCAUCGCCAAGGAGGAAGGGGUGAAGGCUCUGUGGAAGGGCCUCACGCCCCGGCUCAUGCGGAUCAUGCCCGGGCAGGCCAUCACCUUCAUGACCUACGAAUGGGUUUCCAAGAGGCUUCCGGCUUCGCUGGGGACAGGAGUUCUGUCGUAGUUCCACUCGUUCGUUCUCAAACGCGAUUGAUUCGUGCUUGGGACCAUGACCGUGUCUCGAACGGAACGUGACGGCCCUGAUCUGAGUGGCAGUCUAGGCCGACACCGAGCAGCCCUCCCCUUCAGAAAGGGCGUCAAAGUGUCGGGGAUGUUUCUGAUAGGAGUAGGAUCGGUACUUCUCUUCGCCUCGCAAGAUAUAAAAUAAUGGGUGGUCAGUGGUCGAUUGCAUGGUCCGAGUCUCGCUACCACUUUGUCGAAGCAAGCUUCCGUCAGGGGCAAUGGUCUGCAUAGCACUGAGUGAGAGAGGCUUCCACUAUGGCGCGUGUGGGUAGGAGUGUGCGCUGAAGUUCGCUCGUGAGUUGUAUUCGAGGUUCAGGUUGUUAGGCCCAUCCCUGGUACAUGAGGUGACUACUGAGACGACGACUGGCUGCAUUUCCAACGUGGCGCUGUUGUUCGAAAGAGUUUUGUGAAUUCAUUCGGUUGCGCGCGCCCCCCCCCCCCCCAUUUUCGGCCAGGGGUGCGGGAGGGUACCGCGGUG